AUGAGAGUUUUCGUUUUUUGUUUUGUUCUUCUGUUCCUGAUAACUGAUAUUUCUGGUGCGCCAGUUGAAACUGGAAAUGGAACUGAACAAGCGGUAUUGAAGAAGAAAAGUUCAAUGGCAGAACUGGCUCCACCUUUGGAGCUCGACCCAACUUGCCACGUGAUCAGCUGCUACCGUAACAUGCUCAAUAUGUCUAACAACUGUGAAAAAGGAGAAUAUCUUCACAGCUUCAAGAAAUGCGAGAAGAAAUUUUUCCGCGAGGAUACAUGCUGUAAGAAGAAGAAAGAUGCAUGA